AUGACUGCUACUAAUCAGGCCGACCACUCCUUCCGCGCUUUCGUCGAGGCCCUCAAGGCGGACGAUGACCUGGUCGAGAUCAAUACCGAGGUCGAUCAUAACCUGGAAGCCGCUGCCAUCACCCGUCUAGUCUGCGAAACCGAUGACAAGGCGCCCCUUUUCAAUAACCUCAAGGGUAUGGGUGAGAACGGCUUGUUCCGUAUCCUGGGUGCUCCCGGUUCCCUGAGAAGAUCCAAACGGGACCGCUAUGGCCGGCUCGCCCGGCACCUUGCCCUCCCACCUACUGCUACCAUUAAGGAGAUCCUCGAUAAGAUGCUCUCCGCUUCACAACUACCUCCAAUUAACCCGAAGAUUGUCGACACCGGUCCUGUUAAGGAAAACUCCCUCGAAGGCGACGAGAUCGAUCUCACCACACUCCCGGUGCCAAUGGUUCACAAGUCCGACGGCGGCAAAUACUUGCAAACCUAUGGCAUGCAUAUCGUCCAGUCUCCCGAUGGAACCUGGACAAACUGGUCAAUUGCCCGCGCCAUGGUGAAGGACAAGAACCACUUAACCGGCUUGGUAAUCGAGCCCCAGCACCUGUGGCAGAUCCACCAGAUGUGGAAGAAGGAAGGCAGGGAUGUUCCAUGGGCAUUAGCCUUCGGAGUUCCCCCAGCGGCUAUCAUGGCUUCCUCGAUGCCCAUUCCUGACGGGGUGACUGAAGCUGGAUACGUCGGUGCUAUGACUGGUCGCGCCUUAGAGCUCGUCAAGUGCGACACCAACCAUCUGUACGUGCCUGCCAAUGCGGAGAUUGUGCUUGAGGGGACUCUGUCCAUCACCGAGACCGCGGAUGAGGGUCCUUUCGGUGAAAUGCACGGUUAUGUAUUCCCCGGCGACAGCCACAAGUGUCCCGUUUAUAAGGUCAACAAGCUCACCUACCGGACCGAUGCCAUUCUUCCCAUGUCUGCCUGUGGCCGUCUGACAGACGAGACCCAUACCAUGAUCGGUGCCUUGGCCGCAGCGGAGAUUCGCAAGAUCUGCCAGCUGGCUGGUCUUCCAAUUACCGACGCCUUUGCUCCUUUCGAGUCCCAGGUUACUUGGGUCUCCCUCAAAGUCGACACCGCCAAGCUUCGGCAGAUGAAGCUGACGGCCAAGGAGUUCCAGAAGUGGGUCGGCGAUAUUGUGUUUAACCACAAGGCCGGUUACACCAUCCACCGCCUAGUCCUCGUGGGCGACGAUAUUGAUCCCUACGAUGGGAGAGAUGUCAUGUGGGCCUUCGCCACGCGGUGUCGCCCCAGCGCGGACGAAACCUUCUUUGAAGACGUGCGCGGUUUCCCGUUGAUCCCCUACAUGAGUCACGGUACGGGUCCACCCACCAAGGGUGGCAAGGUGGUUUCUGAUGCCCUGAUGCCGACCGAGUAUACCACUGGUGCGGAUUGGGAAGCUGCUGACUUUGAGCACUCCUAUCCGGAGGAUCUGAAGGCUAAGGUUCGGGCUAACUGGGAGGGAUUUGGAUUUAGAAAACGAGAGUAA